AUGAAUUUAACUGUAAGUUGUAAAAGAUGGCCUUUUAUAUGUAAAGAUUCUCAAGCGAAGGCAAAAUGGAUUAUUUAUCAAUUUGGGCGAGCCCAAUGUCUUUUCCACGCUGUUAGAUUGGGACCUAAAUUUAUCUCUGUUGAUGUCACUCGUGCUAUUAUUACUAAAGGUGGAAUUCUUUCGAGAUACUUUGUACAACGCCUUCUUAUUCAUUAUGGAAAUUACGACCAAAAACUUAUUGAAUUAAAGAUUGUUCAUAGUAUAGGACAAACAGAUAUUGAUAGGAUUAAGAAUUUGCAGCAAAAAAUGAUUCCAUGGGCGACUCUUCUAAUUCUUUUCCCGCCUUCACAACCUCCAAGAUGGACUAAACCUGAUAUUAAAACUGUCAAGGCACGACUUACUGAAUUAAUUGAUUUAGGAUUUCAAUUAAAUUAUAAUUUUAAACAAGAAUCACAAGAUCUUUUGUUACGUAGAUGUUUAGCUGAAUCACUAAACCUCGCAAAAAAGAACUUUACAAAUAUUAUGAGUUUCUUUUACAAGCAUUUAUCCAACACAGCUGAAAAAGAAUUUGAUGAUGCUUUUAACUUUUAUUCAAGUUAUUUAAAAAAUCAAAAUAUCUAG